AUGGCGGCGGCGGCGGCCGUCACGGCGGGCGCUCUGCUUUGGGGCUGGAUCUGGAACGAGCGGUUCUGGCUCCCCGCCAACGUGACUUGGGCCGAUCUGGAGCGGGACGGUGCCGGCGACGGAGAAGGGCACCCCCGCGCCGGCCACGUUCUGGGCGCCAUCCCGUGGGCGCUCGGCCUGCUGGCCUUGCGGCAGGUCUUGGAGAGAUUUAUUGCCAAACCAUGUGCCAUUCAUUUGGGUGUUCAAGACAACGAGCCUCGCAGAGCUCAACCCAAUGCAAUUCUAGAAAAGGUAUUUACGUCUAUCACAAAGUGUCCGGAUGCAAGAAGGUUAGAGGGUUUGUCAAAACAGCUAGAUUGGGAUGUCCGAAAAAUCCAGCGCUGGUUUCGUCGUCGGAGAAAUGAAGAUAAACCAUCCAUCCUUACGAAAUUCUGUGAGAGCAUGUGGAGGUUUACAUUUUAUAUUAUUAUAUUUUCCUAUGGACUCAGAUUUCUUUGGUCGUCACCCUGGUUUUGGGAUACACGACAGUGCUGGCACAACUACCCUUUUCAGCCCCUAACUUCUGGCCUUUAUUACUAUUAUAUCAUACAGUUGGCUUUUUACUGGUCACUUAUGUUUUCGCAGUUUACGGAUGUUAGGCGAAAGGAUUUCCUAAUAAUGUUUGUCCAUCAUGUGGCUACAAUUGGACUUAUUAGCUUCUCUUACAUUAACAACAUGGUACGGGUAGGAACCCUGGUCCUGUGCCUUCAUGAUGCAGCAGAUUUCUGGUUAGAAGCAGCAAAACUGGCCAAUUAUGCCAAGUAUCAGCGACUAUGUGAUUCUGCCUUCAUACUGUUUAGCGCCAUCUUUAUUGUUACUCGUUUGGGGAUUUAUCCUGUCUGGAUACUUAAUACAACACUGUUUGAAAGCUGGGAGCUGAUUGGCCCUUACCCAUCAUGGUGGCUGUUCAAUGGGCUUCUUGUAAUCUUACAAGUUCUACAUGUCAUCUGGUCUUAUUUCAUCCUCCGUGUUGCCUACAAGGCCCUGGCACGAGGAAAGGUGUCGAAAGAUGAUCGCAGUGACAUGGAGAGUAGCUCUGAUGAGGAAGAUGCAACGUCAAACAGUAGAAAAGGAAUCCAUAGCACUUCAAGCAAUGGCGCCAAUCGGAUUAAUGGUCACAUAACUAGUGGCCAAUAGGCUGGCAAGGAAUAAG